AUGGACUACACGUUCCCCAAGCCAGCACGGUCGCUGGCGGGCAAAGUGGCGAUCGUGACGGGCGCGGGGGCGCACGGCGACGGGAUCGGCAACGGACGGGCGGCGGCGAUCCUACUGGCCGAGGACGGGUGCAAGGUGGUGUGCGUGGACCGCGAGGUGGCGCUGGCGCAGCGGACGGUGGAGAUGAUCGAGGCCGAGGCCGAGGCCUCGGGCCACAAGGAGGAGGAGGACGGCGGCGCGGCGAUGGCGGUGCAGGCGGACGUGACGGACGAGGCGGCGUGCAAGGCCGUGGUGCAGCGGACGCUCGACGCGUACGGGCGGCUGGACAUCCUGUUCAACUGCGUGGGCGUGGGCGGGGCGCCCGGCACGGCGGUGGAGGUGGACAUGGCGGCGUGGGCGGCGUCGAUGACGGUCAACGUGGCCAGCAUGGUCAUGAUGGCCAAGUACGCCAUCCCGGCCAUGCUGGCCAACGACGACCGGCCCUGGGGCUACCGCGGCAGCAUCGUCAACAUGGGCAGCGUGGCCGGCCUGCGCGGCGGCACCCCGCACCUCCUCUACCCGACCUCCAAGGGCGCCGUCGUCAACAUGACCCGCGCCAUGGCCGCCCACCACGCCCCGCAGGGCAUCCGCGUCAACUGCGUCUGCCCCGGCAUGGUCUACACGCCCAUGAUGUACGCGGGCGGCAUGAGCCCCGAGGCCCGCGACGCCCGCAAGAACCGCUCCCUGCUCAAGACCGAGGGCAAUGGCUGGGACGUCGGCUGUGCCGUCCGCUUCCUCGCCAGUCCCCAGGCGAGAUGGGUCACGGGCUUGAUAUUGCCCAUCGACGCCGGCGUCACCGCCGCCGUGGGCACGGAUAUACCCCGCUCGGCGAGUGUGAACCCUUGA